GCAAGGAGUGGUUUGGAUAUGAUUUUCAUCCUAAUACAUAAUUUCGCCAGUAGUUUUGCAUAGAAUUCGUUCCAUAUUUUUCUAUGCUUGAUCCUUCGCAGGAAAAUACAGAAACACCAAAAGAGACCAAAGAUCUCUUGCCCACAAUGAAUCCAGAUGAAGAAAUUAGCCUUGAUAGCUUUUUUCAAAUGGCUGGAAUGGAUUCAUCUCAAUUAGAGGCGUUAUGUGGUCCAAUAACAUCAACAACAACUCCAGAUGACGUGCAUAUUUCUUUAGCUGAGAAAAAUGCUUCAUUUACACACCAACUGCAAUCAACGGAUACAGAAGAAACAAUUAAUCAUAUUAAAGCACGUUAUGAAGCAGAAAUCGCAAGUUAUAAGAGAAAAUUAUCCAGUUAUCAAGAUGGACAACAGAAACAAGCGCAACUUAUACAAAAAUUACAAGCAAAAGUAAUGCAAUAUAAAAAAAGCAAUUCAGACUUGGAACUUGAGGUUGAACAAUUAAAAGCGGAACUUGAAACAUCGAAUAAAGUGCUUCAAACCACCACAGAAACGUUGAAUUCUCGUAUUGAUGUGGCUGAGACAAGAGCCAGAGCCCUGGAACAAGAACGUUCUUAUGAUAUGGAAAAUACUGUAAAUAAACUACAAGAAGAACAACAAAGAUCUAGUGAGUUAUCAAGAGCCAAUGAACUGUUACGUGAUCAAUUAGAACAAGCAGUACAAGCUAAUCAAGGUUUAAGUCAAGAUGUUGCACGUUUAACAUUAGCUUGGCGACAUGCAGCACAACAAUUAGAUAAACGUGAAUCGGAAUGGCGUGAAGAAGAAAGUGCAUUUAAUGAUUAUUUUGCAGCGGAACAUAAUCGUUUAUUAUCUUUAUGGAGAGCUGUUGUAGCAUUAAGACGUCAAUUUGCUGAUUUACGACAACAAACUGAUAAAGAUUUAACUAAUACCCGGUCAGAAUUUACUCGAUACAUAAACAACAUUCAAUCAGCUUGUACUAAUUUGGAAGCAAAUCUACGUGCAACGGAAGCACAAAAUCAAGCUAGCCAAGUGAAAACAGCUAGUUUCAUUGAAGCAGAUAUGACAAAUCGUAUACAAGGUUUAACUGAAUCUUUAGCACGUAGUCAAGCACGUUUGGCUGAAACAGAAACUAAGCUUACAGAAGUAAUGACUGCAAAAGAACGGCUUGCCACACAGCUUGCUGAACGAGAUCGAAUACUCACUACAAUGAAACAAUUACAUACAAAUUUUGAUAUCGAUGUAUCAUUAAUGAAAAAUGCAAAAUCUUAUAAACGUGGUAAACGUCUAUUACAUGAUGUAUUAGACAAUCAUGUCACAACAAUGGAUAUGCAUAAACAUGAUGAUUGUUUGUCAGAAUUCGAAGAUGAAGAUGAUCAUUUGAAAGCGACAAAACGUUUAAUUGAACAUACACAUGUUAUGCAUCAUGCAUUGAGUCAAAUAGCUCAGUUAAUCAUAUGGGAUGCAACAAUUGCUGAUACAGAUGAAGCACAAGAACCCAUUCUCAAUUUACAAAAUCCUGACUGGUCAUCUACACGUAUCAUACCACCAUAUUCAACAGAAUCAAAACAAACUGCUUCUGAUUUAUCACCCGACAGUAAAACACGAAAUGACACAAAUGAUGCCAACCAACAAGGAAAUAAAAUUCAUUACACCAAACCAGCAGAGGAUAUUGCAUCAUUACGCCGACUGGCACAUUCAAAAUAUCAAGCUGGUACAAGUUUACACUUAGCUGAAUCAACUGUCAAUGCUGUGCAAAGUGCCUUAAACAGACGUGCUACUCAUGUUCAUCGCCUUAGACUUCGUAGUUCUGGAUUGAAAGAACAGUUAAAUAACCUUACACGUCGCGGAGAAGAGUCAGAUAUGGAAAAGAAACGUCUCUCUGAACAGUUGGCGCGAUUAAGAGAAGAAUUAGAAGUACAAAAUUUAGAAAUGGAUAAAUUAUCUAGAGAAAGGGAUAGAAUUAAACAAACUCUAAGUUUAACAAAAGAAGAACAUGAAAUGAGUGAAUCAGCAAGACAAAAUUUAAAUGAACAUGUACAUGAAAUUGAAAGUGAACUAGAUCGUCUUAGAACAUCUUUACAUGAUAUGCGAAAACAACGCGAUGAAACGAUCACAGAACGAGAUAAUUUACAAACUGAAUUAGAUCGUACACUUCGUGAAUUAGAUGCAAUACAAAAAACAUUAAGUAGUACAGAACAACGUGCUGUCAACUUUCGUGAAGAAUUAGCCACAAUUCGUGAACAAUUAAGACGUGUUGAGCUGGAAAAAGAAAUAUUAGAUCAAGAGAAAAAUGAUGCAAUUACAGGGGCUGGUAAAAUUCAAGCUAAAAUUGAUGAAUUAAACGAAGAGCUCAAUCAAGCACAUAAUCGGGAAAUUCAAUACAAAUCAAGAAUAGCUAGGCUUGAAACAGUUCUUGAGUCACAAGAGCAUGAUGCUGAACAGUUAACUCAUCAAAUUUCAUUGACACAUGCUAAAGAAACUCGUUUAGCAGAAGAAAGAGCUAAUCUUCGAGUGGAAUUACAAGAACAAAGAGAUGAAUUAGAAAAAUUAUAUUCUGAAAAAUCCCUAACACAAUCCGAAUUAGAACAAGCACGAGAAUCUACAAUGCGCGCUGAGACAGCUAAAUCACGCCUAGAAGCUGAAUUGGGUGAUCUGGCUCGAGAACGAAUGACACUUACAGAAUCACUGUCUGAAGCUCAAAGACAAAAAGCAUCUUUAAUGGAAGAUAUAUCAACGUUCCGAAGAGAUUCUGAACGUCAAGAAUCCUUAAUCAUGCGAUUAACUAACGAAAAAGAAGCUAUAUCAAGACAUAAAGCUGAAUUACUUCUCCAGUUAUCCAUUGUUGAACGAGAUAAUCGACAUCUUACAGAAAUAAUUAAUACAUUGAAAUCAGAGAAAGAGAAUUUAGAAGCUAGUUUAUUUGAUAUGCAACAAACAAUUGAACAGUUGUAUCAUAAACAAUCUCAACUAGAAAGAGAUGUAACAGAUUUAAGAAGUCGUCGAGAUGAAUUACAAGCUGAACUAUGUCGUGCUCAUAGUAAUUUCCAAAUUGAAUUAGAAAAAUCCGAACGUAAUAGUAAAAAAGUAGGUGAUCAAUUGACCAAUGAAUUAGAAGAUCUACGCAUAGCAUUAAUUAAUGCUGAGAAACGUGCUGAAGAAGCAGAGAAUGCAUGUUUACAAGCUGUAGCAAGAGCCGAUCAAGCUGUCAGCUUAAUUGAUAAACAGCAACAACAACAAAAACAUCUGGAUGUAGAACAAUUAGUUGAUCGAGAAUAUGAAUUGCGUAAUUCAGCUGAAGAAAUGAAUAGACUUACUAAAGAAUUAUUAGCUGCUCAAAGGGAAAGAGAUGAAGCUCGUUUACUGGCAGAACGAGAACGUCAACGUGAACUUUCCAGAGCAACAGAAGAAAAAAUCAGUCUUCAAGAGAAAGUUAAUGCUUUACAAGAAACUAUUACAGAAUUACAAGUUACACUAGACAGAACACAGAAGGAUGCAAGCACGCGAGAAGAACACGAGAGAUCGGCAUUGAGAAAAGCUACUGAAGAGGUUAGGAGCUUUAGAAACCAAUUACAAGAGGCUUGUUCGGAACAUGAAAGAGAAAAUCGAGAAUUACGAAUGCGUAUCCACAGUCUUGAAAGUCAAAGAGAUCAAUGGACAAAAGAGGUUAGUGAACUUCAAUUACAAAUCCGAUUGGCUGAAGAGGUUCGAGAUACUAAUCGAACAGAAUUAGUAGACAGUACAUGUCGUAUUCGUGCUUUGGAAGAAACAAAUGAUUCUUCAAGAAGAGAAUGUAGUGAAUUACAUCAAAAACUUGGUGAAUUAGAACGUGAAAACAAUGCUAUCAAUCGUUCUAAUGAAGAAUUAAGAAAACAAUUGAAAUGUGUUGAAUUAGAACGUGUCGAUUUAAUUCGUAUGACUAAUUCACUAAAAUCGAAACUUCAAGGAACUGAAAUGGAUCGAACAAGUUCAGAAAAACGUGUAGCUGAUUUACAAGUUGAUUUGAAAGAAGUUACAACUUUAGCAAAUGAAAGCAAACGUGAAAUUGUGGAAUUACGCAGUAAACUACAAAGACUUGAAACAGAAAAAGUGAAAUUAACUGAAGAAAUUGAAGAGUUAAAAGUUCGUUUAAGAGAUAGUGUGAAUCAAGAAGAAAGUUUAAAACGUGAAAAAGUUACACUUAAACAAAAACUUAUGGAAAUUGAAUCAACCAAAUCAACACUACAAUCGGAAUUGACUGAUUUAAAUCAUCAAAUGUCUGAAUUGGAAGAAAUACUUCGUUCAAGAGAAAGAACAGCUAAUCAAGCUGCAGAAGAUUGGCAAAAAGAUUAUCAACGUUUAAUUGAAUCAAGGAAAAGUUUACAAUCGAAAUUGGACAAUUCAAAUAUAGUGAUCAGUGAACUUCGAACAUUAUUAGCUGAAUCACAAACAUGUAUUAAAGGAUUAGAAUCUGAAUUGAAUGAAACACUGACUACACGUCAAGAAGCUGAAGCACGUCUAUCAGCAAUACAUAGUAUAUUAAGACGUUUAAUUGGUUUUCGUCAAUCUCAAUAUACUACUCAAUUACAAGAUAUGAAUAAACAACAACAACAAAUGCAACAAUUGAAUGGUCAUUUCGAUUCUAGUUUAGCUGAACAAAUAGAUACAUUGGAUAAAUCACAUGAUGCUCAUUCACAAUGGGAUUAUGAUGGUUAUAUGAAGAAUACAUCUGGAAUAGAUUCAUUUGAACAACAAAUAGAUGGUUUUAAUGAAUCCGAUUCUAGAAGAAUCAAAAUGAUGGCUGAACAAGUAUUAAAUAGUCAACAAGAUAUAAAACCUGAAGUGUCAUAUACAUUUAGAAGUGAACAAAUACCGAAACCACGUGCACGUGGUCGACGCCGAUAUGAAGCUUAUACUAGUUCUGAUCCAGAAGAUGCCCAACAAAAAUCUUUAAGACGUGCUAAAUCAGCUUCACCAACAAGAGUAAACAGACAUGAUGGAUUCGUCCUACGUUCAACAUCUACUGAAAGAGCAAAUCAACAGAGAUUAAUUGAUAGUACAUUUUAUUCAGGUGAUGAAAAUGGAUACUCAUUCUAUCCUAAUUAUUUAACACAUUUAAAUGAUUGGUCUUAUAAAUGGUUAGAUACUAUACGUUAUCAUAUGAAUGGUUAUAGAGUACAUGCUUUACCUGGUUCUAAUUUAGAUCCAGGCGCUGUACGUUUAGCAUUAAGACGAUUUUUACGUCAUCUUGUAAAAAUUGAACGUGAACGUGAUGAUUUCGAUAUAAAAUCAAAAUUGAAUGAAGAAAAACUUAUCGAAUAUAGUCGACAAUUAAAUGAACGUGAAGAACAAUUGAAUGAAAUGAGAACAAAUAUUAAUGAAAUGGAAAAAGGAAAAUUAGAAAUUAUGGAACAAUUGAAUAAAAUGAAAAAUACCAUUACAGAACAUGAAAAUGAAAUGUCUAAACGUGAAUAUCAAUAUACAACAUUAAAUAAUCAAAUUAAAACUUUAGAACAACAAUUAAACUCAUGUGAAACUGAGAAAAAUCAAUUACAAAUACGUCUGGAUAAGUCAAGAGCUGUAGAAAUGAAGUUAGAAGAAAAUAGACGCGAAUUAUUGCAUUCACUAGAGGAAGCAGAAACACGUUAUACACAAGCUGAAAUUGUUCGACGUCAACUGGAAGGUGAACUACAACGGUGUCAAACUAUGCUAAACGAAUUGGAAAGUGAUAAAGAGAAUUUACAAUCCCGUUUAAAUUUGACUGGACGUCAAGGUACCGAAAUGGAAAUGAAAAUAUACAAUCUUCAAAUUGAAUUAGAAAGAGCUACAAAUGCUUUAGAUCAAACAACUUUAUGUGUAGCUGAGUUACGUGAUCAACUGACACGGGAAAAACUAGCGUAUGCAAAUUUACAACAAGAAUUAACUAGAACACAAGAACACAUGGAAGCAUUACAAAAACGUGAAUUGAAUGCAGAACAAGAAAAACGUUUAUUACAAGAACGUCUAGAUAACAAUAAAACUUUAUUAAAUGAUACUAAAGUUCAACUACAUGAAAUGAUGGAACGUGUACAAAAACUACAACAAGAAACAACAGAUGCAGCAACUAAACGCUCUGAAGUAGAAAUACAAUUAAAGCAAUUAGAAAAAAUGUCAACCGAAUGUCAACAUACCAAUAAUGAAUUACAAAUAAAAAUCAAUAAUAUACAAGUUGAGAACGCUAAUUUAACUGAGAAAAAUGCAAACUUAUUACGAAGUAUGAAUGAUGCAGGAAUACAAAAACAUGAAAUCGAUUGUGAAUUGACACGGGUAAGAAGAGAGCAAAUUCAAUGGAAAAAAAUGGCAGAAAAAAUGGAAAGAGAACGUGCAAGAGAACAAGAAUUAAAUCAUACAUUACGUAAUGAGAAUUCUGAAUUGAUGGCAACUAUUCGUGGACUAGAAGAAGAAACAUUAAAUUUACGUCGAGAAAUACAAAAACUUCAAGUACAUAUGGCUCAACAGGAUGAACAAUAUGCAGCUCAAUUAAUUGAAGUCAAUACAAAACAACGUCAAGAAUUAGAAAAUGAAUUAGAUCGACAAAGAAACGCUUUGAAUGAUACACAAAAAACACUACAACUCAAAGAACGUAGCUAUAAACAACGUGUACGUGGAUUAGAAGAUCAGAUUCAACAACUCAAAGAUCAACUAGCUCACGAAACAAAUAAACGUCAAUUACUUUACUUAAAGAAUCCAUCAUCUGUUAAUCAAAGUCAGCCAAGUUUAACAAGUUAUGGAAGUUCAGUCACUACAACAGGAUGUGAUUAUGCUGAAAUGAAAUCUGCAAUAGAUAAUAAUCAUCAACAGGAUUCAUUCAUGAUGGGGUUGUACAAGCCAACUACUGCACCAUCUAGAUAUGAUCCAUAUUAUUAUCAAGUGACAGGAUCAAUACCUGCUAGACUGAAUCGAUCAACAGGAUCAAAUUUAUUAAUAAAACCAAGAAGAUCGUUUGUUGAACCAAGACUAUAUCAAUCAACAACAAAAAUUAACAAACAAAAUCUCUCAAACCGCUAUCACAGUGAUGAUAGAAAUCAACAACAACAACAACAUCCAGAAGAAAAUAUUACAACAAAUACAAAUAUUAGUCCAUUGGAACAACCUUCUUUAACCAGAACACCAAUUGCUGCUAGCCGUUCUACAUGGCAUGAGUCGAGGGAUAGUGCAGCUACAAUAAACCGAAGUACAAGUGAUUCUACAAUACGCCGAAUUGAAGAUAAAUCAUAAGAUUAAAAUGACGAUUAAGAGUAAUCGUACAUGUGAUUUUUUUUAGCCCA